GCCCCCGGGCUGGGUACAUUGUCGCGCGGCCGCUUCCCCCCCGGGCCGGGCCCCCGCCGUCCCGCGGUCCCCCGAGCUCCAGGCCCCCGGGGGGUGGGUGGGAGGGACGGAGCAGGGCUGGUGGGCGCCAGCGGCGCACGGCGGGACCCACGGAGCCCCGCGACCCGCCGAGCCUGGAGCCGGGCCGGGGCGGGGAAGCCGGCUCCAGCCCGGAGCAAACUUCGCAGCCGGGCGCGGGGUGGCGGGGACCCCGUCCGGAGCUGGAGGAGGGGGCGGCCGCGGGCCCUCCCGCUUCUGCUCCCGUGUCUCCGGGCACCAUGCUGUCCAACUCCCAAGGCCAGACGCCGCCGGUGCUGUUUCCCAACCCGCCGCCGCCGCCGCAGCCCCCCGCCCCGGCCCAGCCUCACCCCCCGGGCCAGCCGCCGCCGCAGCCCCCGCAGCAGUUUCCCCAGUUCCAUGUCAAGUCGAGCCUGCAGAUCAAGAAGAACGCCAUCAUCGACGACUACAAGGUCACCACCCAGGUCCUGGGACUGGGCAUCAACGGGAAAGUUUUGCAGAUCUUCAAUAAGAGGACCCAGGAGAAAUUCGCCCUAAAAGAACCUGAGCUGCCCAGAAGGGUCAUACGAAAGGGCAUCUUACUCUUGAGGGACGCCCCAGGCAUCUCCGUGGCCGGUGUCCAUGUAGCAUUCAUCUGGAAGAUGCUUCAGGACUGCCCCAAGGCCCGCCGGGAGGUGGAGCUGCACUGGCGGGCCUCGCAGUGCCCCCACAUCGUGCGGAUCGUGGAUGUCUACGAGAACCUGUAUGCGGGCAGGAAGUGCCUGCUGAUCGUCAUGGAGUGUUUGGAUGGUGGAGAACUCUUCAGCCGAAUCCAGGACCGAGGAGACCAAGCGUUCACAGAAAGAGGUAGAAAGGAAGCGUCAGAAAUCAUGAAGAGCAUCGGUGAGGCCAUCCAGUAUUUGCACUCAAUCAACAUUGCUCAUCGGGAUGUCAAGCCUGAGAAUCUCCUGUACACCUCCAAAAGGCCCAACGCCAUCCUGAAACUCACAGAUUUUGGCUUUGCCAAGGAAACCACCAGCCACAACUCUUUGACCACUCCUUGUUAUACGCCGUACUACGUGGCUCCAGAAGUGCUGGGUCCAGAGAAGUAUGACAAGUCCUGUGACAUGUGGUCCUUGGGUGUCAUCAUGUACAUCCUGCUGUGUGGGUACCCCCCCUUCUAUUCCAACCACGGUCUUGCCAUCUCUCCGGGCAUGAAGAGUCGCAUCCGAAUGGGCCAGUAUGAAUUUCCCAACCCAGAAUGGUCAGAAGUAUCGGAGGAAGUGAAGAUGCUCAUCCGGAACCUGCUGAAAACAGAGCCCACUCAGAGAAUGACCAUCACGGAGUUUAUGAACCACCCCUGGAUCAUGCAAUCAACAAAGGUCCCUCAAACCCCACUGCACACCAGCCGGGUCCUGAAGGAGGACAAGGAGCGGUGGGAGGACGUCAAGGAGGAGAUGACCAGUGCCUUGGCCACAAUGCGUGUCGACUACGAGCAGAUCAAGAUAAAGAAGAUUGAAGAUGCGUCCAAUCCUCUCCUUCUGAAGAGGCGGAAGAAAGCUCGGGCCCUGGAGGCCGCAGCCCUCGCUCACUGAGCCUCUGAGCCCAUCCCGCUCCACUGGAGGACAAGCAAUAACUCUCGACCUGAAUAUAUUUUUUAAACGAAGAGACACAGAACUGUCCACUUCCACCUCACCUCCUCCUUGGCGGCGUGGAGCCCUGAACCCUGUCGGCGGCUGCGACCCGCCUUUGGUUCCGGCCGCCUCAGAGAGGGAGAGGCUGGGAGGUGGGAGGCUGGGAGGCUGGGGGGCCGUGCGGAGAGAAGGGAGCAAGAUGCUCUUGAACCUGUGCUCAUUUUGCAGUUUUAUCAGUAAUUUGACUUAGAAUUUUUAUGAAACUUCUUUUAUUGUUCUUUCCCCCAAUCUGCCUCCUUACCCAGACCCCUUCCUCUCUGGAUGUGCAAAGGUUGGGGGCUGGUUCAAGGGUAUUUGUGGAGCCUCUUAGAGGGACCGUCCCUGUGUUGUCCCACCCGCCCUGUCUUUUCCCACCACAGCCUGAGGCCCCUGCUGGCCGAGGCAUUCUGGCAGCUCCUGGUCCUGUGGGGGGGGGGGGUCGGGGCCAGGAUGCCACCCACCUCUGCUGGAGCCCUCAGAUGUCACCAGUGUGCCAGACGGACAGAGGCGAGUGUGAUUGUGCGCGUGCGUGUGUGUGUGCACGUGCCCACAACUGUGUCUGGGGCUGUGCGUUCGAGGGCCUGGGGCAGGCAGGGCUGCAGGGAGAGGGGCCCUCCUCGGGCCUGCCGUGCCCAUGUCGGGUCUACCAAAGUGCCUGAGAAGCCUACCCCGAUUCUGAGCCAGGGCCCCUGUGGCCUGCCUGCUGGCUGGUUCCGGGAGGAAGAGAGGCGUGCCGUAGGCACUGGCGCAGCGACCAGGAAGACCGGACCGCCCGCGCCCCGGCCCCUGCUCCCCGCUCAGUGCUGGUCUUAGUCCUCUGAGGCGCUUACCCACCGAGGAGCCUCUCUUCCUCUCCUUCCUGCCAUUAUUGACCGGUUCUUGUCAAAUUUUCCUCCAUUUUUAGCCGCUUCUUACCAGGCCUCCUCUCUGCUCUUGGGGAGGAGCCCGGGCCGUUGAGAAGUGAUGCAGAGCUCCUGCAUUUGGCUGCUCUCCUGGGCUCUGGGGGCACUGGCCAGCUCCCCGUUGUGGGCAAAGGCAACGCCACUUGUGGGGUCCUGCGAAUUUCCACUGUGGCCUAGUGGGCGGGUGGGGGAGUCUUCACACCAAAGAUGUCCCGACUCUGCCCCUUCCCCGUUAGCUGCUUCACCUCCACCCCAAACGACUCAGCUUUGUGUGUCCCGGCCAGUGAGGGGGAGGGCGGGGAGGGCCCCCCCAUUUUAGUGAGCAUCACGGGGAGAAGUCCUCUGGGCCAGGGUAUUUUCGGGGCAGGGGGUUGCACUAAUACUUCAGCUCUCUUCUCCCUCGGGGGUGAUUUGCUGGAGGAGUAGCCCGGAUCCUCUCUGCGUGGGGGGAAGGGCUCUGAGUGCCCGAGGUGCCUCCCUGUCUCUUGAUGGUGUGUCCAGCACUCAGAUUGUUGUAAACUGUUGUUGUUUUGUAUGAGCGAAAUUGUCUUUACUAAACGGAUUUAAUAGUU